GGGAUAGAGUUUGCAUUUGGGCGCAGCUGGACAGUUCUCAGAUGGACUUUGCCGGCAUUUGGAGGGAUUUCUCAACGCGUGUGAGUGCUUCUCGGAAAGCUCUUCGAUUGGAAACUAGUAUCUGCCCUUUUCCUUUCUCAAGCCCUUCCCCCCUCCCCUGGUUUUCACAUUUUCUGGGAGAAUUUCUACAGAGACCUCUCCCAUUAUCCCCUUGCUGGCGUAAUAAUGGCAGAGAACGAUGUGGACAAUGAGCUCUUGGACUAUGAAGAGGAUGAGGUGGAGACCGCAGCUGGGGGAGAUGGGGCUGAAGCCCCUGCCAAGAAAGAUGUCAAGGGCUCUUAUGUUUCCAUCCACAGCUCUGGCUUUCGAGACUUCUUGCUCAAGCCAGAGUUGCUCCGAGCCAUUGUCGACUGUGGCUUUGAGCAUCCAUCUGAAGUUCAGCAUGAGUGCAUCCCUCAAGCCAUUCUGGGAAUGGAUGUCCUGUGCCAGGCCAAAUCAGGCAUGGGAAAGACAGCAGUGUUUGUGUUGGCCACACUGCAACAGUUGGAACCAGUUACUGGACAGGUGUCUGUGCUGGUGAUGUGUCAUACUAGGGAGUUGGCUUUUCAGAUAAGCAAGGAAUAUGAGCGCUUCUCUAAAUACAUGCCCAAUGUCAAGGUUGCAGUGUUUUUUGGUGGUCUGUCUAUCAAGAAGGAUGAAGAGGUGCUGAAGAAGAACUGCCCGCAUAUCGUCGUGGGGACUCCUGGCCGUAUCUUAGCCCUGGCUCGAAAUAAAAGCCUCAACCUCAAACACAUUAAACACUUCAUCUUGGAUGAGUGUGAUAAGAUGCUUGAACAGCUCGACAUGCGUCGGGAUGUCCAGGAAAUAUUUCGCAUGACCCCCCAUGAGAAGCAGGUCAUGAUGUUCAGUGCUACCUUGAGCAAAGAGAUCCGGCCAGUCUGCCGAAAGUUCAUGCAAGAUCCAAUGGAGAUCUUCGUGGAUGAUGAGACGAAGUUGACGCUGCAUGGAUUGCAGCAGUACUACGUGAAACUGAAGGACAACGAGAAGAACCGGAAGCUCUUUGACCUUUUAGAUGUCCUUGAGUUCAACCAGGUGGUAAUCUUUGUGAAGUCUGUGCAACGGUGCAUCGCCCUGGCCCAGCUUCUGGUGGAGCAGAAUUUCCCAGCCAUUGCCAUCCACCGUGGCAUGCCCCAGGAAGAGAGGCUUUCUCGGUAUCAGCAGUUUAAGGAUUUUCAACGGCGAAUUCUUGUGGCCACCAACCUGUUUGGUCGAGGCAUGGACAUUGAGCGGGUGAACAUCGCCUUCAACUAUGACAUGCCUGAGGAUUCUGACACAUACCUGCAUCGGGUAGGUAUGCUUUCUCUAUGCCGAAAGAAAAACAAACUCUAG